AUGUCUGACCUCCGUAUUCAAUUUAACGAUGACAUCCAUCCUGUUCAGUCGCGAAGUGGUGGAGUGCACAGGCUCAGAAGCAGAGAGGCGACCGGCGUUGGAAGCAUUCGCGUCCCCAGUCAUGUCGGACCUCCGAAACGCGAAGAAAAUGAUGCCGAGUCUAUGACAAACAUAGAGGAUCGUGACUACAAGCCCAAGCAGUCCUUCACUAGCUGGCAAGUACUAUGGCUAGCAUAUCAAGCGUCGGGGACAAUAUACGGCGACAUUGGCACUAGCCCUCUCUACGUGUACUCAUCUACGUUCAGUGCCGACCCUAGCUAUGAUGAUCUUCUCGGGGCGCUUUCCUUGAUCAUCUGGAGUCUUACAAUCAUGGUCACUGUCAAAUAUUGUUUCAUCAUUCUUCGAGCCGACGAUGAAGGAGAAGGCGGUACAUUUGCCCUUUUCUCGCUUCUGUCACGAUAUGCAAACAUUGUCCGUCGUGAUCCCCGUGAACAGCAGAUGGUCAGGAUGGAGCGUCAUAUCACUCAUGAGCUGGGCAAGCCUGCCCAAAAGACUCGAAACCUCAUCGAGCGUUCCAGGUUCCUACAGUGGAUGCUGAAGAUCGUUGGCGUCUUUGGGGUGGCGCUCGUCAUGUCCGAUGGAGUUCUUACACCUGCUCAAUCGGUUCUCGGCGCCAUACAGGGCAUCUCGGUGGCCUCUCCAGGUAUAUCGAAUGGUACCAUUGUUGGAGUCUCGUGCGGCAUCUUGGUUCUCCUGUUUCUAAUUCAACCUUUUGGUAUAACCAAACUCGCCACCGGCUUUGCACCAAUCGUCAUCAUCUGGCUCCUUUUUAAUGCCGUCUUCGGGAUCUAUAAUCUGGUCCAACACGACCACUCGGUCCUGAAAGCAUUCUCGCCAUAUUUCGCCGGUGCUUUCCUAGUAAGGAAUAAAACCGAAGGAUGGAAGAGUCUCGGCGGCAUUCUUCUGGCCUUCACAGGUUGUGAGGCACUUUUUGCUGACCUAGGAGCGUUCACUAUACGCGCGGUGCAGCUUUCGUGGCUGUUUUUCGCCUUUCCAUGUCUCCUACUUGGUUAUAUCGGACAGGCCGCCUAUAUUUCCGAAGAUCCUUCGGCCUGGACAAAUCCCUUCUACAAUACUGUACCUCCAGGAUGUCUCUAUCCGUCACUUGUCAUUGCGAUCCUGGCGGCCAUCGUUGCCAGCCAGGCCAUGAUUACUGCCGUUUUUCAACUUCUGUCACAAAUCAUGAAGCUCUCUUACUUCCCUCAGAUCAAGGCAGUGCACACCUCCAAAAUCUUCUAUGGACAAAUUUAUAUUCCAAUGGCAAAUUGGCUCCUCAUGAUUGGUACGGUCAUCGUGACCGCUGUUUACAACAACACGACGAAUCUUGGUCACGCAUAUGGGGUUUGUGUCAUCUUGGUGACAUUCUUCAGUACCUGCAUGGUGGCACUCGUUGCCUUGAUUGUUUGGAAAGUGCCGGCAUUCAUUGUACUGUUCGUCUGGUUGAUAUUCGCCCUGUUUGAUGGCGCUUUUCUGUCUUCAUCAUUGACAAAGGUGCCUGAAGGAGCUUGGUUCACCCUUGCGCUUGCUAUUGUACUUUCUUCGCUGUUUAUUCUCUGGAGGUUUGGCAAGGAACAGCAAUGGCAUGCGGAAGCUUCAGACCGAUUCCCACCAUCACACAUGAUUCGGACGAGGGACGAUUCUUCGAACGCAGCGCUUGAACUCACACCGGCAUUUGGGGGACACGCUAUCACUCAAAUCAAUGGCAUCGGUGUGUUCUUCGACAAAGCUGGGGCGCCUUCCACAACCCCAACUGUUUUUGUGCACUUUCUGCAGAAAUUCCAUGCAGCAUGUGAUGUGGUUAUUUUCUUCCACCUACGACCUCUUCAAGUCCCCAUCGUCGCACCUGAAGAACGGUACACCGUGACACGGUGCUACGUUGGGUCUGAAGGCGAGAGUCGACGACCGAUGCCAAACUGCUAUCGGGUCAUCAUCAGGCACGGAUACACCGAUGAAGUGGUCACUCACAACCUGGGCUUACUCCUGUACGAGCAAGUACGUGAUUUCAUCUGCAACGAACGUGAGACUGCCAUGAUAUCGCCAACUGCAAGCGGCGAGAAAGUAACCGGUGAUGCCGACAAGGCAAUCACCUUUGCGGAACGGCCUGUUGAUCCAGACCGCCCCUCCUUCGAGUCGGCCAGUGUCGGGUUGGUUGAAAAGCUGGUGGAGCUACGCAGAGCAUAUGAGAGCCAGGUGGUUUAUAUCGUGGGCAAAGAACAGAUGAGGAUUAAACCCGGCACGAAUAUUAUCCGAAGAGGACUAUUGGAAUUAUUCCUCUGGAUCAGAGAGAAUAGUCGUAGCAAAGUGCAGGCCUUGAAUAUUGCUGUGGACAAACUUGUCGAAGUGGGCUUCGUCAAGGAGGUAUAA